UUUUGAAAAACAUUUUAACAAAGAUUAAAUCUUUAGAUAUAUACUGUCCGCUAAGAUUAACAUAUCCCGUGAAUUGUAAAUUUUUGGAAUCAAGUCAAACCACCUAUUAGUUUUGUCACUGACCUAUGAAUAGAUGUGAUACAGACUUAAUUAAAUUCCCCAAGUACGGAUGACUCGACACAUUUGUAAUUGCAAAAUGUAGCCUCAUACAACUUUAAAGAAACAGGCUUUCUGUUCCGCUUUUAUUUGCAAGAGCGAACUUCAGUCGUUCAGACUAAAAUAUCGCAACAACUAUUUUUACGAUAAAACUCUAGGAUUGCUUCAUCUUAGGUAGAAAAUCGACAGUAUGUCGCAGGUCACAGGUCAACUAAAGCGCGUGUGUUUUAUUGGCGGGGGUGUCUCCAGGGUGACUUCCAUCAAGGCUUGCCUGGAAGAAGGUAUGUCCUUGCCCACAGGUCAACAUAAACGCGUGUGUAUUAUUGGUGGAGGUGUCUCCGGGCUGAGUUCCAUCAAGGCUUGCCUGGAAGAAGGUUUACGCCCUGUGUGCUUCGAGCAACAUGACCAUGUCGGCGGACAGUGGCAUUUUUCAGAAAACAUGGAAACUGGCACAGAUUCUCUUUGCAGAAUGUUCUCUGCAGUCGUCACAAACACAAGUAAAAAGAUGACUGAAUUCAGCGACUUUCCAAUGCGAAAGGAUUUCCCCACAUUCAUCCCUGCCCGCAAAAUUAACAGCUAUAUUCAAGACUAUGCGGAACAUUUUGAUUUGAAAAAAUAUGUACAGUACGGGAUACGGGUAGAUGACGUCAGCAAAGCAGACGAUUUUUCUCAAAGCGGACAAUGGAAGGUUACAUAUACAUAUGCAAAAGAAAUAAGCCACCAAAAGACUGAGAUAUUUGAUUGCGUAAUGGUGUGCAAUGGCAUCUUUAAUGAGCAGAAUUGGCCCCAUUAUCCUGGAUUGGAGAUGUUCCAAGGGGAAGUUACACACGGGGGAAACUACUUCCACUGCGACCCAUACAAAGAUAAGAACGUUUUAGUAGUCGGCUCUUCUUUUUCUGCAGCAGACAUUGCCGUCGAUCUAAGUCGCGUGGCUCAAAAUACAUAUAUAAGCACCAGACGUGGAUUUUGGAUAAUGCCACGACUUCCAGACGGACAAGAGCCAUGGGACAUGACGCUUUUCUCUAGACCACUCAUUAACUGGCUUCCGUGGGCAUUGAGGACUCGUGCGUGGGGAAAUGUCCUGAAAGAACGGUUCAACUAUCAGAAAUUUGACCUCAAACCUCACAAAAGGUUUCUCAGUCAAUCGCUGUGCAUAACAGAUGAGCUUCAAAACAAGCUGCUAUAUGGGCAGGUCCAAGCAAAGCCCUCCAUUUCAAAGUUCACUUCAAGUGGGGUGACAUUCACAGACGGAACCAGCAUAGAAGACUUAGACGCUGUUAUAUUUGCUACUGGAUACAGACUAAAGUGCGCCUUCAUUAAAGAUAGUCAAGUGCUUCCAGAAAAUUCAGCAGAAAUGGAGAUGUACAAACAUAUUUUCCCCGUAAACAUCAAACAUCAAACCCUUGUGUGCAUCAACUAUCUACGGGUGUUAGGCUCCGUUCUUCCCACGUCCGAACUUCAAGCACGUGUCGCCGCUCGCGUGUUUUCUGGGAACUUAAAGCUCCCAAGAGCAUCCCACAUGAAACGAGACGUAGCGGAGAAGAAAUCUGAGAUAAUAAACCAGUGGGGGAAUUGCACCGUACCAAAGGAAUUUGUGUAUUUCUACUAUGAGGAAUUGGCGCAGUUAUUAGGAGUCAAGCCCCAAACGUGGAAGCUUCUUGUCACAAAUCCAAGUUUGGUAAAAAAACUCAUGUUUGGUCCAGUGACGCCUGCGCAAUACCGCCUCCAUGGACCCCACGCCAAUUUUGACGUCGCGGCACAAUCUAUUUUAGACACAUAAAUUAUAAUGUUGGUGUUGUCUUUGAAAUUUGGACUUACAUCAGAUGAAUGUAUUUCAUGUGUCAUUCCUAAACCUAUAAGCAAGCAUGUAUGUAGUUCGUGUUUGUGAUUGUUACUUGAAUAUACAGGAAUGCUACAGUUGAGUUUGGCGUUUGCAUCUUGCCGAUUGUGGUGACUGUAUAUUUGAUCCAUAUCAUCUACUACUAAAGGAAUCAAGAAUUUCAGACUAACCGCUAGAUGAAGUACAGCGACGCUAAAAUCGAGCAUUUAGGGCCUUUUUAUGUAGAUGUCUACCUCACAGAAGAGGUGCAUCAAUUAUUUUUUAUCCAAGUUUUUUAUAUGUUGCAGUUAUUUGCCCACUAAUUAAAGAAACAUACUUUCUAGACUGCUAGAUCGAAGCCAGUCUAGAAAAUGUGAUUCAUUGGCAAUACAUAUGUACAAGAUCGACGUUUUAGACUAAAAUUUAACUAUAGUAUCAAUUGCGCAUCACGAUGAAAAGGACACAAUGAUUAGGAAGAGUCACGAUUCUCGUUUUUAAAUUUUGCUAAAACUACAAUAAUAAUUCAAAAUAUUUUUACACGAAGAUUGAUAUUCAGACAUUAUUAUAAUCAAAAUACAUAAUCAGGAAUUUUGUUUGACCUGUGAUUCGUGUCAAUACGAUAUAGGGUCGUUUAAAAUGUGUCUGUUUAUAUGUCAGUGUCUCAGUAUACACUUUGCCAUAUCACGUAAAAAUGAUGAGUGAUCUGGAAUGGAUUCCAAGAAUUUUUCGUCAAUUUUCUAUUUUUCAUGAUGUGCAGACUAAGAGUGAGUCAGCAUAACCUGUGGUUACAGGUAUAUACUCACUGAACCACAUACUCUCAUACUGCUGGGUCGGGGGCAGGGCCUCUUCAAUGGAAGGGGAAGAUUUAUACAUAUAAAUACCAAAAUGUAACAUUUAAGUAAAUUGAUUACAUUUUUAUGCAGAUCUAUACCUAAAGAUGAUGGUUGGGACAAUUUGUAUUUUAAAUAUUAAUUUGUAUCACAAUUUACGUACAUAGCGUGUUACUUAAAUUAAACGGAUGUUGUAAUAAAAUAA